UUAAUUUAUUUCUCUAAUUUUUUAUAUUAUGAAAUAUUAAGCGCCCACCAAGAACGGCGUAAUUUUUAUAGUUUAAAAAUUAACAUACGAAAUUUUAAACACAAAAAAUGACUGAAGAGAGUGCUAGUAAUAAAGAAACCCGGGAACUUUAUUCUAUGCUUCACCAAGAGUAUACAAUAAUGACAGAAUACCGUAUGUUGCAAACAGAAAAUUUACAUGGAAUCUAUGUUAUACCUUCUUAUGAGAGUUCAUUUCUUUGGUACGGCGUGAUUUUUGUUCGAUCUGGUCUCUACGAAGGAGGUGUAUUUAGAUUUACAAUUACAUUGCCUGAAAAAUUUCCAGACGAUGAAACACCUGUUUUGACUUUUGUGUCAAACUUAUAUCAUCCUGCUAUUGACGCAAGCACUGGCCUUUUAAGUCUGAGAGAAGUGUUUCCAAUGUGGGACAAAAAGCGUGACCAUGUCUGGCAAAUACUCAAAUAUUUACAUAUAAUAUUUGAUAAUUUAAGCAUCAAGGUACCUGCCAAUACUGAAGCAGCAUGUAUGUACAAAACAAAUCGAAAAUUCUUUAUGCAAAAAGUUAGAGAAUGUGUUGUUACUAGCAUAGAUCACAUAUAUGAUGAUCCACCUACAGAAGACAAACAUUAUAUAACUUUUAAACCUUAUGAUCCUGAUAUACAUGAAAAAGCAAAGGACAUAAUGCUUACAGCUUUUAAACCAACUGAAGGAGCCACUCAAGGGAUGUCAUGGGUUCAACAAGGAUGCUACCAACCAUUUUCAAAAGAAGAAACAAUGUCAUAG